AUGGCGAGCAACCCCAAAGUCUUCUUCGACGUGACCAUCGGCGGCGCCCCCGCCGGGCGGAUCGUGAUGGAGCUCUUCAGGGAGACGACGCCGAUGGCGGCGGAGAACUUCCGCGCGCUGUGCACCGGCGAGAAGGGAUCCGGGGAGAGCGGGAAGCCGCUCCACUACAAGGGCUCCAAGUUCCACCGCGUGCUCCCCGGGAUGAUGUGCCAGGGAGGCGACUUCGUCAACGGCGACGGCACCGGCGGGGAGUCGAUCUUCGGCCGGACGUUCCCCGACGAGAACUUUAGGGAGAUGCACACGGGCCCCGGGACCCUGUCGAUGGUGAACUUCGGCCGGGACACCAACGGGUCUCAGUUCUCCAUACUGUUGACCCGGGCCGGGUGGCUGGACGGGAAGCACGUCGUGGUCGGCAAGGUCGUCGACGGGAUGGACGUCGUCGAGGCCAUCGGCGGCGUCGGGUUUGAAUCCGGCCAGGGAUCCGACCCGGGCGUGGUUAUUGCGGACUGCGGUGAACUCUCCGAAUAG